ACGUGUGAUCGAGAUAAAAAUCGCUGCUUUUUUGUGUGUCUGUGCGUGAGAGAGAGAGAGAGAUCGUGUGUUAGCUCGAGCUCAGCUCGGCGCUUUAAAUACGCGCGCCGAGGUAGCCGGGGCCGCUUAAUUCGUCACGGCGCGCGACGCGAUCGGAGAGGAGGGAGAUAGUGUUGGGAUGGGUGGCGGCGGCGGCGUGGAGCGGUGCGCGCUCUGUGGCGCGGCGGCGGCCGUGCACUGCGAGGCGGACGCGGCGUUCCUGUGCGCGGCGUGCGACGCCAAGGUGCACGGGGCGAACUUCCUCGCGUCGCGGCAUCACCGGAGGCGGGUGGCCGGGGAAGGGGUGGGGUUGGUGGAGGAGGAGGAGAUGGGGUAUGAGUCUGGGGCGUCGGCGGCGUCGAGCACGUCGUGCGUGUCGACGGCCGACUCCGACGCGGCGGCGUCGGCGUCGGCUUCGGCGCGGCGGGGGAGGAGGCGGCCUCGGGCGCGUCCCCGCGCGGAGGUGGUGCUCGAGGGGUGGGCCAAGCGGAUGGGCCUCGCGGCGGGGGCGGCGCGCCGCCGCGCCGCCGCGGCAGGGCGCGCGCUCCGGGCGUGCGGCGGGGACGUCGCCGCGGCGCGCGUCCCGCUCCGCGUCGCCAUGGCGGCCGCGCUGUGGUGGGAGGUGGCGGCCCACGGCGCCGGCCAGGCCGACGCGAUGCGGCGGCUGGAGGCGUGCGCCCACGUGCCGGCGAGGCUGCUCACGGCGGUGGCAUCGUCGAUGGCCCGCGCGCGCGCGCGGCGGCGCGCCGCCGUGGACUCCGAGGAGGGCUGGGACGAGUGCUCGUGUCCUGAACCCAACGCCUUGGAUGAACCACAUAUCAGAGACAAAGCUCGUCAGAAAUGAUACUCAUUCAGGCGCUGUUCAAUCUUUAAUUUUCUCAAGAGUGUUAAGCAAAGCUAAAAUCUUGUGAUUAGCUUGUCAAAAAUAUUGUUGUAGACUUGUAGUUAGAAUUACCUAGUAGAAAUAGUUUUCUUUUUCUUUUUGAAAAAAAAGGAGAGGUUGUCACCAAGCUUGUAAUUCCAAAUGUGUGAUUAGAUGAAGCUAGGGGACCAUGCAUUGGUCUAAUUAAUCAUUGGUGAUUUGAUUAUACUUGUUGAACAAAAAUUGUGGCUCACAUCAUUCACAUGCUCUUGGGUCAUGUGUGGGGGAAAAAAUAUCUGGAUUCUGGAGUUGUGGAUCAUGCAUGUACACAGAGUCAGAAACUGUUUACAAA